AUGCAACCUCAGCCGAACCCUAAAUGCUCCCCCAACGGAAGCGAGGGGCGCGUGCUGACCCUGGCUGCCCUGCUGCUCAACCGCUCCGAGACCGACAUCAGGUACCUGCUGGGCUACGUCAGCCAGCAGGGCGGGCAGCGCUCCACCCCCCUCAUCAUCGCUGCCCGCAACGGCCACGCCAAGGUGGUGCGCUUGCUGCUGGAGCAUUACCGGGUGCAGACCCAUCAGACGGGCACCGUCCGCUUCGACGGUUAUGUCAUUGAUGGAGCUACAGCUCUCUGGUGUGCAGCAGGAGCCGGCCACUUUGAAGUUGUCAAACUUCUAGUCAGUCAUGGAGCCAAUGUGAACCACACUACCGUGACCAAUUCAACUCCCCUGCGGGCUGCAUGCUUUGAUGGCAGAUUGGACAUAGUGAAAUACCUGGUGGAAAAUAAUGCUAACAUCAGUAUUGCCAACAAGUACGACAACACUUGCCUUAUGAUCGCAGCCUACAAGGGCCACACAGAUGUGGUGAGGUAUCUCUUAGAGCAACAUGCCGAUCCCAAUGCCAAGGCACAUUGCGGUGCCACAGCAUUACACUUUGCCGCUGAAGCUGGCCAUUUAGAGAUUGUGAGAGAGUUGGUGAGGUGGAAAUCUUCAAUGAUGGUGAAUGGCCAUGGGAUGACUCCUUUAAAAGUAGCUGCCGAGAGCUGUAAGGCAGAUGUCGUUGAACUUCUUCUUGCUCACGCGGACUGCGACAGAAAAAGUAGAAUUGAAGCUCUGGAACUUUUGGGUGCCUCAUUUGCAAAUGACAGAGAGAAUUAUGAUAUAAUGAAGACUUACCACUAUUUAUAUUUAGCAAUGCUGGAGAGGUAUAGAGACAGCGAGAACAUCAUUGUGAAAGAGAUUCUCCCCCAAAUCGAAGCUUAUGGAAACCGAACUGAAUGCAGAACUCCUCAGGAAUUAGAAUCUAUUAGGCAGGACAGAGAUGCCCUUCACAUGGAAGGCCUUAUCGUGCGUGAACGAAUUUUGGGCUCGGACAAUAUAGAUGUUUCACAUCCUAUUAUUUAUCGUGGGGCUGUUUAUGCAGAUAACAUGGAGUUUGAGCAGUGUAUCAAACUGUGGCUUCAUGCAUUGCAUUUAAGGCAGAAAGGUAAUAGGAAUACCCAUAAGGAUCUCUUGAGGUUUGCUCAAGUCUUCUCUCAGAUGAUACACUUGAAUGAGCCUGUUAAAGCCAAGGACAUAGAAAGCGUUUUGAGGUGUAGUGUCUUGGAAAUAGAACAAGGAAUGUCCAGGAUUAAAAGCAGCCAAGACACUGACAUCCACGCAGCCAUGGACAACUACGAAUGCAAUAUUUUUACCUUCCUGUAUUUGGUAUGCAUCUCCACCAAGACGCAGUGCAGCGAAGAGGAGCAGUCUCGAAUCAACAAGCAGAUUUAUAACUUGAUUAAUCUCGAUCCCAGAACUCGGGAUGGGUCUAGCUUGCUGCAUCAUGCUGUCAACUCCAGUACGCCAGUCGAUGAUUUCCACACAAACGACGUCUGCAGCUUUCCGAAUGCCCUUGUCACCAAGCUCCUGUUAGACUGUGGUGCUGAAGUGAAUGCUGUGGACAACGAAGGAAACAGCGCGCUUCACCUCAUCGUCCAGUACAACAGACCCAUCAGUGAUUUUUUGACUUUGCAUUCAAUUAUCAUAAGUCUGGUGGAGGCAGGUGCUCAUACAGACAUGACGAAUAAACAGAAGAAGACGCCUCUCGAUAAAAGUACAACAGGGGUGUCUGAAAUCCUCCUUAAAACGCAAAUGAAACUAACCCUCAAGUGCCUGGCUGCCCGUGCAGUGCGGAUCUAUAACAUCAGCUACCAAAACCAGAUCCCCAGAACUCUGGAAGAGUUUGUGGAAUUUCAUUAGGCCACGUCAAAUCUUUCAAGUGGUGCUACUCAAAGACUUAUGUCCCAGACGAUAGAAUACACGUGCAUUGAUUAGUUUUCUCCACUUUUGGUUUUCUUUGCAUUCAGUCUUCAGCCUCAGUCCUCAAACCAAUCUUGGGGGAAAAAAGCCACAGUGCUUGGAGGUAACUACAGUCUGGUGUCUAGAAAAGUUGGUGACUCUUUUUUGAUUAAAAAUGAAUUGCGUCAUUAUCUUUUUUUAAAAAAACAAACAAACAAACAAAAUGAAAACAAAUACCAAAUAGAACGAGCACAAAAUAUUGUUUCAAAUAGACACGUGUUAUGAGUUACAGUGGAGAAUGCUUUAAACAGCCACUCUCAAACGUGUUGUUAAAAAGGCCAUGACAUUGCAUUAUCUCUGCAGCAAAUUUGUAGAUAUAAAAUCUUGGGGUGAGGAAAGGAAAGGGAGGAGAAAAAAGAAUUUGAACAUAUCUUGUAUUUGGUUUCUAAGUCCCCAGCAUACAGAGCAACCCAGGGCUCUUCUCUCACCAUCUUUUUAUGCCUUUCAGUUAACACUGAAACACUCAGUAACAUUUUUAAAUCUAUUUUUUUUUUAAAUUUAAGCAGCAGUUAUUGACAGCUGCAAGAAUAUGGGCAUGCUCUAUUAGGAAAUACAGGUUUAAAUUCAACUGUAUGAAUGUGCUGUUGUAGUAAUUGUUGAAUAAUCAUGUUCUUCAUUUACACUGUUUUUUGUAACUUGAACAUCUGUCCAAGUGCAUCUAAA